GUUCUGUGUCUGCAUGCACUCGGAGGAACUUCGGAGAAAAAUUUAGGGAUUUUUUUUGUGAAGCUGGGACACCAUUAAUUGGAUGUAAAUUUCAGUUUGGACCAGUUUUGGCGUGAACAUCAAAGAUCUGAAGACUGAGAUCUGACUCCACCAGCCAAAUCAGACAACAAUCAGACCAGGAACUGAGUCAGACAAAGAUUAAAGACACAGAGAAGCUAACUCAUGCUUGAGACAGAUUUUCUCAUCUAGGAAAGUGCAACUGAAAGAAGACAUACUGCACAGAGGAAGCUGAUGUUGACACUAUCAUUAAAUAUUGCCACUAAAAGCCUGUAGAAGUUCAGGAUCAGUUUUCAGAUUUAUCUACAACAACAGACUAAACACUUGCUGAGAAAAGCUGUUAGUCUAGCAGGCCUUGUUAGCCAAGAUGGCUGACCCCUAUCAGAACAACAUAUACCAUCAAGGAGGGGGUGACGGCUAUGGGACGUACGGAGAAGGCGGAGGCCAUGACGGAUACGGUUACCAGGCUGACUACCCUCCACAGGAGGAGGAUGCUGCUAGUGAUGCGACUGAAGGACACGAUGAAGAGGAUCAGAUGUAUGAAGGAGAGUAUCAGGGCAUCCCACAUCCGGAUGACGUGAAGGCUGCACAGAGAGCUGCACGAACUAAAAGUCAAACGGCCGGCAGUGCAGCCUCUGACCUUGCAGAGUUAUCUGAACAGUAUGAGGACAUCAUGGAGGACUGUGGACACGGCAGGUUCCAGUGGACGCUCUUCAUGGUGCUUGGUCUCGCUCUGAUGGCUGACGGUGUUGAAUGUUUCGUGGUCGCCUUUGUUCUGCCGUCUGCAGAAAAAGAUCUAUGUCUGUCCAACGCAGAAAAGGGAAUGUUGGGUCUGGUAGUCUUUCUCAGCAUGAUGGUGGGAGCGUUCUUGUGGGGCGGUCUGGCAGACAAAGUGGGUCGUCGGCACUGUCUGAUUGUGGCAUUAGCCAUAAACUGUGUCUUUGCCUUCCUGUCAUCGUUCGCUCAGGGCUAUGGCUUCUUCCUCUUCUUCAGACUGCUCUCUGGCAUUGGUAUCGGAGGCACAGUGCCAAUUGUGUACUCCUACUUCUCAGAGUUUCUUCAGAUGGAUAAAAGAGGAGAGCAUCUGUCCUGGCUCUGUAUGUUCUGGAUGAUUGGUGGGAUUUAUGCAUCUUUCACUGCCUGGGGAAUCAUUCCCAGAUACGGAUGGGGCUUCAGUAUGGGCACUGAGUUCCAGUUCCACAGCUGGAGGGUGUUCGUCCUUGUGGCGGCUCUUCCUGCGAUCGCCUCCCUGGUUGGACUAACCUUCAUGCCUGAGAGUCCACGCUUCCUCCUGGAGAAUGCCAAACAUGAUGAGGCGUGGAUGAUCCUGAAGCAGGUCCAUGACACCAACUGGAGAGCAAAGGGCCAGCCGGAGAAAGUUUUUACUGUGACUCACAUCAAGGCUCCUAAGACGGCAGAGGAUGAGUUUAUUGAGAUUCAGGCUGCUACAGGGACGGCUGUACAGCGAUGGGCAGUGCGCUCACUAACACUCAGUAAACUGGUGUUGAGGAAUGUGGCGUCUCUUCUGUCUGCAGAGCUGAGGUUUGCUACUCUCUUCAUGGCCAUCAUCUGGUUCUGCAUGGCUUUCAGUUACUAUGGCCUGUCUGUUUGGUUCCCUGACAUGAUCAAACAUCUCCAGUAUGAGGAGUAUGCAUCCAAGGUGAAGGUGUUCCAUAGAGAAAGAGUACAGAACUUCCAUUUCAACUUUUCAUUAGAGAACCAGAUCCAUAAAGAAGGGGAGUACAUCCGUGACAAGUUCAUCAAAAUAGAGAUGAAGUCAGUGAAGUUUGAGGACUCACUGUUUGAAGACUGUCACUUUGAGGACAUCAAGUCCACAGACACGGUGUUUGAGAACUGCACCAUCCGUUCCACUCUCUUCUAUAACACAGACCUAUGGGAGGAGAAAUUUAUUGACUGUAAGAUGGAGAACACCACCUUUGAGCACAACAAACAUGGCUGCCACCUGGACACUGUAGAGGAGAACGAUGUCCUCAUUUACCUGGUCAGCUUCCUGGGCAGUCUGGCUGUGCUGCCAGGUAACAUCAUCUCGGCCCUCUUCAUGGAGAAGAUUGGCAGGGUCAAGAUCAUAGGUGGCUCCAUGCUCAUUUCAGCAGGCUGUACCUUCUUCCUGUUUCUAAGCUUUAGCCAAUCAGCCAUCAUCGCCUUGCAAUGUCUGUUUUGUGGCGUCAGUGUAGCGGCAUGGAACGGCAUCGAGGUGGUGACUGUGGAACUGUAUCCUGCUUCAAAAAGGGCCACAGCUUUUGGCGUUCUGAAUGCUCUCUGUAAGCUAGCGGCGGUGCUUGGCAGCUCCAUCUUUGCCAGCUUUGUUGGUAUCACCAAAGCCAUCCCAAUCCUUCUCUCCUUCUGUGCGCUGGUGUGCGGCGGUCUGGUGGCCCUCAAACUCCCUGACACGCGGGAGAAAAUCCUCCAGUGAAGUUUCUGAGAUUGGAGGAGCUGGAUUCAUAAGCAGAGGGAGAGGCCAAAGCAGAUCCAGUUGAAAAUGGAUUUCAAUUUUACUCUGCAUUUGUAAAGAAGACAAGAAUGGAAAUAACCAACACCUGUAAAUGUUUAAUGUUGCUCUAAUUCUUUCAUGUUUACCAUUUUCAUGUUGUACAGGUUUCAGAGGGGUUUGUGUCUCCACUGUUAAUGGCAAUUAUAGGAGGACGAAAGGUUGGUGUUGAACAUCUGUCUGAUAUUUCUUUUUUUAUUUUGUUAAAGGACGUGUUAGUCUUUAAAGAAGCACUGGAUUAUCUAACCACAGGAUGAUGAUGUGAGUGAAGAAAAUAGUUAUUUUUGUAUAAAUCUUGAGCUAGCUUGAGGCUUAAAUCAUAAAUGACCUGCUUAUCUUCUUAUGUCUUUUUAUCCAUGCAUGGUUCAAAGAAAUGUCUGAAAGAAGCCAGCUGUUUUUUGUUUUUGUUUUGUUUUUUUGCUUUGCAAAUUGAAGACAAGACUUUCUUGAAAUUUGUUUGAUGGAAAUCUUUUUUCAACCCAUUCUUUAGUAAUAAUUUUAAGGACAAAAACAGUCUAAACCCAGUUUUUCAAAUUAAUAAUCAUUUUUUCUUCUGGCUUGCCUCCCAGGGCUUACAUAUGUUGUUGUGACUGUAAAGUUUGACCAAUCCUGCUUUUAUUGUUUCACUCAUUUUUUGUCAUUUCCAACACUAAAUCUUUAUCCUAGAUAACACAAUCACAAAUUCCUACAAUUAACCAGCUACUGCAAAUAAUGGUUUCUGCAUGGAGGGUGUGUUCAUUUGUUUUUCUUGCACAGUUCGAUGUUGAAUAUGUAUUUACUGUAUUACAGAUGGUUUUGUGCUGCGAUUGGUUGUGUAAAUGACUGCAUGUUUGUCUUAUGUUUUCUUCUUGGCUAUGUUUCUAUGUGUCUAACAUAAUGUGUACGUUUCAAGUAGUCUGAUUGUGUUUUGUAUCACAAAAACUGCAGCACUUUGACACACUCAAGUACUAAUGGUUGGGUUAACAGGUUGGAUAUUGUGUUACCACUGUAAAGCUGGAGGAAGGUCUUCCAAAAACUUUUUAAGUUUGAACUAAGGAUAUUCUGUUACUGCCUGAUGGGGCAUGUCAUCAUCUCUGCUCUUCUGUGUUGUCGUUUCUUUAGAUUUGAUCAAAUGUUGGCUAAAGAAACUUAAAUAUCAGCAGUGUUGAUAUAAGAUACUCAUUAUUUCUACAAAGUUAUCUGUGGGAAGAAUUAAAGUGAGGUCCCUCUGCUAGAAGAAGCAGAGCAGUGCAGUCCAGAGGAGCUUUCAUUGUUGUGCAUGGCCAUUAGCUCUCUUUCCAAACACAGAAGCACCGUUAGAGUGAAGAUUUGAAACACAUUUAUUACGACACAUGCAAAAUAACAAUUUAAAGCUGUAUCAAGUUAAAGCAUGUCAGCAAGUCCCUUUAAUCAAAGUUAAUGAUAUAAAGUGUCAUUUAAGCCACUGCCUGUAUGAUAUGUUAAUCAUAAUUCCCAUAAUUCAUCAGAAGUGUUUGACCACUGAUAUCUAACCUGAGGUUUUAAUGCAAACAGCAGGCCUAAAGAGACGAAACCAUGCGUGUAAUAUAUGACCAUGGUUCUUAUAAGAGCAAUGAAAUUGCAGCAUUUGUCUUUUCAUUAAGUCUUUAUCUUUAUUAUUUAGACCUGUCAUGUGUGUCAGACCCUGCUGUAAAGCAGAAACAAAAGCCAUAUUCUGUUCUUUGUUUAAAUACUGUUGUUCUUUUUUAAAAUGAUCAUCUGUCUUUGGUUCAUGGAGAAAAAUUCUGUGUGCAAAAUGUUUCUGUUUGAUACCAUUUUGGUUUCUUACUGUAUGUAUUUGUGGAUGUGACAAAUCAGACGAAUAAAAUGAGCUCAUCGAUGCACCAACUUGUCUACAUUUUUUUUUAGACAGUUCAACACAUUUGUUUAGUAUGAGUUAACCAGAAUGCUCAUUAAGAUUAACUUCUUCAGAAUUCAGAAAUUCAUCAGACCCCCUUCACUUUUAUCAAUUUUGCCCUGUUGCCACCUCAUGCUACAGUAAAAAGAAUAUAUAUAUAUAUAUAUAUAUAUUUCCCGUUAAUCUACACUUAAAUAAACCAUCCUGACAAACUUCGAACAUAAUUUUUUGCAAGUUUACUUAAAAUAAAAACUGAAAUAUCACAGGUCAUCAUGGAAGCUAGUCAAAGAGUCAGUCACUCGACAACAGAAGCUCCUAUUGUGAUGAUUGCGGUCUUCUGAUCAUCAAAGAGAAAGCAAACAAGAAACCAUUAUGGAUUGGAUUAUGGAUAAAAAACAUACAGAUGUAUCAAGAGUGGGACGAUAUGGACUGGCUCUCCUUCAGAUUGAAAUUAAAGGGGACAUAUUUUACUCUUUUAAGACA